GUCGUGGUGGGGGCAUGUGAGCCGGAGGACGUGAGCUACAGUUACAGCCCGACGCGCUUGGGGUGAGAGUUGCCGCCUCGCGGGCAGAUGGUCACGAGGGUGGCGUUCUGCUUCUGGCUCCUCUCCAACGUGCUGCUCUCCAUGCCGGUCCCGCAGUACGGAGGCCUGGCUCUGCUGAUCACCGGCGCCUUCGCACUCUUCUCCGUCUUCGCCUUCGCCUCCAUCUCCAGCGUGUCUCUCUGCCAGCUCCGCCUUGGCUCGUCCGAGCUCACCACUCACUACGGUGCCGCCUUUUGGAUCACGCUGGCCACGGGUGAGGACCGAGGGAACCGGCCCCCGGGUGUCUGGGGAGGGAGACGAGAUUUAUACCAGCGUGCGCUUUCCGGUCUGCAUAAUGAGUUCACAUAUAUUAUCUAAUUUGCCCCUCUCAAUAGUUCGUACAGGCAGGCACUGUUGUGCCUAUUUUACAGAGGAGGGGAAGGGAGUUCGGAAGGGUUCGGUAUCUUGCCCCAGUGGCGUGCGAACCCGUGUAUUAUGUAUGCCAUAUUAGAGGUC